AUGGUAUUGAGUCGUCAUUCCUCAGUAAAACGACCUCGUGUCAUUAGGCUGCGUCCUCAUCGUCGAACGCAGUCUCAUCAAUCUCAUAGACUUCAACAUUCAUCAAAAAUCAGCACUACACUCAAUUUCGUUAUUCGUGAUCAAUGUCAUUCAUCAGCAGAAAACCAUCGUACAAACCAAAAUAAGUCAACCGACAAUGAACAGAACAAUGAUCGAUGUAGCAAAGAAAAGUCCAGCAUUUCAGAUGUAGAGCUAGGUAAUACACAUUUAUCAACAACACCAUUCAAGAUGUUAUCCGCUAAGAGUGAACCUCAAUUAAGUGCACAUGAACGUGAUCUAAGUGCUACCAAAGUUCAUGAUUCCAAAUCAAACUCCUUUGGACGAUUAAGUCAAAUAGUUCCUGCGCAAGAUACUCCUCAAAUACAAAGCCGAGAGAAGAAGCACAAAAAACGAAAAUAUUUUGGUGGUUAUUGUCGCAUAUGUUCUCCUUGUUGUUUAUUUUUCUCGGUACUGGCUUUUCUAUUGGUUGGCACAGCAAUUAGUGUCAUUGUUAUUGAAUUAUUGACCAAAUCCAAGUCAAUAACAACAACAAUAGGAACAACCACAGAAACAACAAUAACAACAGAAACAACAAUAACAACAGAAAUAACAACAACAACCGAAACAGCAACAACAACAGAAACAACAACAACAACAACAACAACAACAACAUCAACAUCAACAUCAACAUCAACAUCAACAACAACAACAACAUCAACAACAACAACAACAACAACAACAACAACAUCAACAACAACAACAUCAACAACAACAACAACAACAACAACAAAAACAACAGAAACAACAGGAACAACAACAACGACAACAACUUCUACAACCACUACGACACUCUUUAUAUCCUAUGCUAAUAUGGUGGUCAAUGGUGAUGGUGAAACAGGUUCUUGUGCAACGGAUUCAAGUAUCACUAGUCCUACGGGAUGGAACUCUGAUGGAGAAAUCACACAACUCGCUUACAACAACAGUGUCAUCUACAGCAGAGUAAAAACUAUUCCUGCGACUGCUAAUGCAGGUAAUUGCUUAUUCUAUGGAAACACAGAUGCAAACACAUCAAUAUGGCAAACAAUCAAUCUGACUAAUUACGCUGAUUCUUCUCUCAUCGAUAGUCAGACAGUGAAAUUUAAUCUUUCAGCAUGGCUUGGUGGCUUUUCGACUCAUAAUGAUACGGCUACAGUUUUCAUAACUUUUUUUGAUCAAAACAAUCAAAAAGUAGGAAAUGUAUCCAGUAUCGGACCUGUUACCAAUACUGAUCGACAAAAUGUAACAUCAUUUCUCUUUCGGCAAACGAUCGGUCUUGUGCCUGCCGGGGCUCGUUCAGUAACAGUGGAAAUUGGUGUUAAAGACAUUGUACUUAUUGAAAAAGUAAUAUCUCAUUUAAAAAAUACAGUCAUUAAAAUAAAUUUCACAAAAUAUUCAAGACAAUUAUAUGAACGAAUACAUAAAGAAGGAAAUAAUAUCAGUAAAACAUCAAAACUUUUUAAUAGUGUAAGUUUAUCUUUGUCGUAG